GCCGGAGUGUCGCCAUUUGGAGUGAGCAGGCGUGCGUUUUAGCUCGGAGACGGAAUAAACAGGGUCCAAAUUGACCGGAGCUGCCCGCCUUUACUGGGGGGAGUUAAUCUGAUGCUGGUGCACCCCCUCCGAGUGGGGAAGACGCUGGCAUUCAGGCUGCUGCGGAGCUGAAAGAGGCGCCGCACCUUUGCGCAGCGGCCGCUCUUCAGCUGGAAGGUCUCCCUCUCCGUGCACAAAGGCAGCUGCCGGCGCGGACCGCGGACCGGCGCUCGCAGGCGUAAGAAGCCAUCCGCACCGUCGGGACGCUGACUCCGCACCGCCGAUCACAAUUUUAGGCUCCCGAUUGAGCGGCCCGCGCAGGUCACUGCGAGGAGGAGUAUGGAGAAACCGCACUCUGCUCUGAGGAAGACCCCUCACCUGCGGAAGCAGCAGAUCAGCAGGAUGGACUGGGAAGUAGGGGAGCCCAAGGCCAAACUGCAGAAGACCCCGACCAAGGACCAGUGCUGCCAGACAGAGCAGCAGCAUGAGGAUGGCGAGGCCACAGUGCCCGGCACAGACGCCGACGUGGGGCUCAAACCACCAGCGUUCUCCCUGGAGCCAGGUGACCCUCCACUCUUACAGCAGCAGCUUCAGACGUCCAAGUCUGGGAUCCAGCAGAUAAUUGAAUGCUUCCGCUCAGGAACGGCGCAGCUAAAGCACAUCCUGCUGAGGGAGGUGGACACCAUCUUUGAGUGUAAGCUCUGUCGCAGUCUUUUCCGCGGCUUGCCCAACCUCAUCACUCACAAGGAGUUCUACUGCUUCCCCAGCAUCCUGGACAUCAAUGACCCGCCUUCAGACAACAAGCAGAGCAAGGCCAUCAAGGAGCUUCUGGAGGCCAUCUACCCAAGGAAGGACCAGCCCGAGUACGUGGUGAGGCUGGAGCCCAUUGAGACCAACCAGAAUGCCGUCUUCCAGUUCCUCUCCAGGGAGGACAAUCAGGAGCCUGAGCCGGAGGCUGCCUGUCCCCCAGCCCCAGAGAUCAUUGCUGUCCAACCGACGGAGAGCCCACCAGGGGAGGUGGAAGAGCCGGCUGAGCCAGAGGCCCAGGAGGAGCCACCUUGCGAGAAAGAGGAGUCUCCUGCGCAAGAGGAGGUAGAGCUGGUGCCUCAAAGGGAGGAAAAUCAGGAGGAGGAGGAGGAGGAGGAGGAAGCCAUCACCGGUGGGGUGGAUGGUGUGAGGAUCUCCUGCUGCCUUUGUGGGAAGGAGUUCAAUUCACGGCGGGGUGUGAGGAGGCAUUGCCGCAAGGCGCACGAGAGUAAGCUGGAGGAGCUGCGCAAGUUCACCGAGACUCGCACACUGCCCCUCAGCCUGCUGUCCAUGGUGAAACGCCGGCCCCGCCGGGCCCCGGGGGCCGCUGGCCGCAGCUGCCCCAUGUGCCAGAAGUCAUUCGCCACCAAGGCCAACGUGCGGCGCCAUUUCGACGAAGUGCACCGUGGCCUCCGGCGUGACACCAUCACACCUGACAUCGCGACACGGCCCGGCCAACCGCUGUCGCUAGACGUGCCCAUUACCACCACGCGCCGCCACAAGGUGGCAUCAGAAUUCAGCCUCUCGGGCUGCCGCUGCCUGUUGUGCCAUAGGAAGUACAGCUCACAGGUCAUGCUCAAGCGACACAUGCGUAUCGUCCACAAGAUCCACACUCUGGAGAAUGGGCCCGGACCCAGCCCCGGAGUCAAGGUGAAGCAAGAGGCUCUGGAACGCAGUGACGUUGAGGUCCGGGUACCUCCGGGUGGACCCCCUGUCGCCCCGGAGAUGGAGAAGAAGCCAGCAGGCAUAAAGAAGAAACCCAAAAAGGAAGGAGAGGGCCCCAAAGCCCGCAGGUCCAAACUGGCAGUGGGCUUCGACUUUCGGCAGCUCUACUGCAAGCUCUGCAAGCGGCAGUUCACAUCCAGGCAGAACCUGACGAAGCACAUUGAGCUGCACACCGAUGGCACCGAGAUCUACAUCAAGUUUUACUGCUGCCCCAUCUGCAGCUACGAGUCACGGCGCAAGCGCGAUGUCAUCCGGCACAUCACCGUGGUGCACAAGAAGUCAUCCCGCUACUUGGCCAAGAUUGUGCCCACGCUGGAGACGAGGGCGGUCAAGAAGCCGGCCGAGCUGGUGCUGAACAGUGCCACACGCCGGGGCCCGCAUAGGGAGGAUGCCGAGGAACGACACGACCCUCCCCCGGCACCUCCCGCUGCCGCCAAUUUCCCCGCUGGCCGUAGGCAGGACGGCCAGCAGGGCGGCGCCGAGCUGAAGGUCACCAAGAACUUUGUGCUGCACACGUGUGACGUAUGUGGGCGCGCCUUCGCCAAAAAGCUCUACCUGGAGUCACACAAGCGCAGUCACCGCGCCAACAGCGGUCUCACGCCGGGAGACGACGGCCGAGCCAAAGGGCGCAGCACGCGCUCCAAAGCCUUACUCUGAUCCCCACAUGACUCGCACUGGAUUCUCAAACAGAAGAAAAAUAUCAGCAACCGAGGAAGCCACUCGCCAUAUAAGGAGGGGAUGGAUGGAUGGAUGGAUGGAAUGUUUGGGACUGAAUACGAGGCGAUGGAUAACUUCUCGAGUGCUGGUUGAAUUAAUAGGCAGAAUCCAGCGUCCUACGAUACAGAUAUUAAUGAAGUAGCAUUCCAGAUGGAUCCAUGCACUGCAAGUCUGAUAGAAUCAUGUCAUUUUAACUUUAGAGCUAUAUGACAACCGGGCUGUAACGUCAACAUUGUGGAAUUCCUUUGUAGAGUAAGCAUUAGUGCAGUAGUGUCACCCCAGAGUCCUGAAUGUAUGUGCUGUGUGUAUAAAUGGUCACGGCUGUGAGACCUGCGCCUCAGCAUCUGGGGAGGGGAGGGGAGGGGAGGGGAGGGGGGACCAAGCUUGUUAGCAUGAGCUUUUAGUGGUCAGAAACCCUCGACAGGCCGUGGAUCAGCGCGAGUGCUCUGAGCCAGUAGCAGAGCAAACACAUGGCCUCCCAUCUUGACUGGCAGCUCUGUGGUCCAAUCUUUUUCCAGAAUUGGUUUUCCUUGGCCAAUGGCAGAGGCACACUAGCCUGUGCCCAGUGGGUGGGAGGUAUUUCGAUUGUGGGCAACCUCUGUGAAUUUUGGGAUUCUCCACAAGUGCUAAAGGAAGUAUACAGACUGAAAUGUAUUGAAUAUGGAUUGGGCAUUGAAACUGUGGGCUUUGAAUAGAACUGCAGAAGUGUAUGUCCUCCAAUCAGACAAAUGCGAAAGAUUUAUUUAACUGUACAAAAUGAUUAUUUUUUUAAAAGAGGGAAAUAUUCUGGUAGAGGUUUUAUUUUGGAUUUCAGAAGGUGUUGACCAGGGUCGUGGUCAGAAGUCUAUUUAUGUGAACUAAUAUGGCAGCACUUGGUUUGAAGCAUCUAUAUUUUUACCUUCAGAUGUUACCCUGUAAAUAUCAUAUCCCCCUCGAAAGCUUUACCACUGAAUCUAAGCAGUACUUACCAGGUGUGUAAGGGGAGGUCUGAUCUCUCUUAGAUUGGGAGUUUUGUGUGACUUGCAGGGAGUUAAGGCACGUGUAAGGGAACUUUUGUGUGUGUGUGUGUGUGUGUGUGUGUGUGUGUGUGUGUGCUGACUCUGCUUGGUCUUCAUGAUAUUUGUCUCGUAUCUGUUCAUCUGUUCAUAUCGAAGAAUCUGCAGUAUCCAUUAUUUCCCAGCUUAUUCCUGGAAGAGAGAAGCCUGGUUUGUUUUUACUUUCUCUCUUCGGACAGAGAACUGAAGACACGAUCAUAAACUGCUGGGUCUGUUUUACUAGUUGUGACCUUCCUUUGAUCAGCGAGUCAGACUUCAAUAUUCUCCUCUAAUUAAAUCCCAUUCCUACUGAAUUCCUGUUUAACAUGACAUGAAAUAACCUGGAAAUGUUUAAGCAACGAAACGCCACUUGGAUUUUUCAGUCCGUGCUAUGGAAGAGAUCUGUGAUCGAACCUUACGAUGAAAUGUAGCUUGAUGGUGUCAGGUGAGUGUGUGUGAAGAACAUGGUAUCGUGACCGGACCUCGGAGAUCCUUCUGGUCACGCCUCUCUCCCCAUGUCCUACAAACCCACAUCGCCGUUGGCUGGUGGAAGUUCCCUACUCCGGCUGCUAUGAGGUGGAGCAUGUUUUAAACAUGUCAGAAGCGCAUUCUUUCCACUCCGGUGGUGUCAGGUCAGGUCCAUGGUGUUUGGAAACUUUCACUUUUAUGUUUCACUCAUCUGGCUUCCCCCAAAUGUACCCUCAGUUCUCACACCAUUGGAAUCUUUCAUUUUUAUUUAAAACUGCUUGAGAGUCUCCAAUUAGAGCAGAGAAAGUCUAGUCCUUCUGUCCUGUACUACUAAACCAAUGUAACUAAUGGGAAAGAAGUCAUAGAUUGUUGCUUGUUACUGUCUAGAUGAAUGUAAUUUGCUGGAUGCACUGUUUGUCAAUAAUAAACUAAAAGGCUGUCA